UUUAAGCAUUUCUUCAUGUACACAUCUCUAAGCAAAGUGACUGUGUAGCAAAGUGAAGCUGCCAAAGAAUCAAUCUUUAUAACCACUUGUCCCUUCAUGCCUUAGCUUUCAACUAUUCCUUGGCUUCUCCGAGGCUGUCCUGCAUGUGUGUAUAUAUAAGCUUCUAGUUAUUGUCCUCUUGGGGUCUUUUAAGUGGGUCACAAGAUCAUCAGCAUUUUCUCGUACUUAUAUAGGCUUUGGCCUGUUUUAUCCCAAAGCUAUGGAAAGAAGUAUACACUGCAAUAGAAUUUGUCUUCUUCUACUACUACUACUCUAUCUUACUACUGCUGCUCACUCUGAAGCAAGAAAAUCAAAGCACCUACUUCGAGGUCCAAAUGAUCACCCAACAAGUUCUAUCAUCCAGCACAUAAAUAAAUUGAAAGUGACAAAGCACUUUGAUUUUGCUUCAUUACUUCUCCAGAAAGAAACAAUGGAUCCAUCAAACACUGACCCUUAUGUGAGUUCACCAUUUACUUUGCCACCUUAUGAUUCAUUAUCCCCAAUUCCAUUGCCCGAAAAUGCCCCUCCAUAUUGCAUUUAUCCCCCAAAUACCCCACAGCCCCCUUCCACAACAAAUCCAACUCCAACAGGAGGAUCACCCUCACCACCCUUCUACUAUCUACCACCUAUUCUUCCCCUCCCAAGCCCACCACCAGGCCCAACCACUGCAGUUCCAAGCCCACCCAAAACUGUACCAAUCCCAAACCCACCUCAAAUAGUUCCCAGCCCACCAGAAACUAUACCUAGUCCAACUAUCUACUUUCCAAGCCCGCCAGGGCCCACUUUGAGUCCCCCUUACUUUGGGCCUAGCCCACCAAGUUACAUCCCAAGCCCACCUUCUUUUGUUCCAUCUCCAACUGGGUUUGUUCCAAGCCCAACAGUUUUUCUACCGCCGAUAGUGUAUCCGCCGCCAAUAGCACCGCCACCACCUCCGAGCAAAGGUGCACCCCAGGCGCUAUGGUGCGUAGCCAAGCCCUCCGUGCCAGACCCAAUCAUUCAAGAAGCAAUGAACUAUGCUUGUGGAUCUGGUGCAGAUUGUGACUCUCUCCAGCCCAGUGGCCCAUGCUUUGAGCCCAAUACAUUGUUUGCUCAUGCUUCCUAUGCCUUUAAUAGUUAUUGGCAGAGAACCAAAGUGGCUGGUGGCACUUGCUCCUUUGGAGGAACUGCUAUGCUUGUUACUGUGGAUCCAAGUUAUGAUGGUUGCCAUUUUGUCUACAAUUAAUGAGGUGGAGACAACAUUCGUAUUUUGUAGAAGACAACUGGCCCUAGUCUUUUUGAAAAAAAUAAAUUAAUUAAUGAGAUAGAUUUACUGUUCAAUGUUAA